UGCAAAGAGUCAUCAAUAGUACCAUCAAUAAAUCAACGAAAUACACACCAUUUGAAAUAAUGUUUGGUGUGAAAAUGAAAACGCCAAUGGAUGUCAACAUAAAUAAUAUGGUGGAAAGUGAAACAGCCGAUAUUUUAAUAUCUAAUCGUGACAGUAUGAGAGAAAAUGUAAGAAGACAAAUCGUAUACGCUCAGAAAGAAUACAAAGAAAACUUUGACAGACGUCGUAAAUGCAAACAAAUCUACAAAUUGGGAGAUUUAGUGGCUAUCAAACGGUCACAAUUUGUCGCAGGGAAAAAGUUGGCCAACGAGUACUUGGGCCCUUAUGAGGUGAUCAGGGUCAAACGAAACGAUAGGUACGAUGUAAAGAAGGCAGCAGACUUUGAAGGCCCCAAUGCAACAUCAACGAGUUGUGACUAUAUGAAGCCGUGGAAACGGGAUGAAUCCGAUCUAUCCGAGACGGAUGAUAUUGUCGAAUGGCCGAAUGUAGGAGAGUAGGCAGAAAGGAGUUCGCCUUAAGUUGUCGUUGCCCAAACAGACGUGCCGUACUAAACUUCAUCUUUUUAAUCACCAUCUUUUUAAUUUAAAGUUGAAAUAACUAUUGAAUAACAUUUUUACUAAAUAUAU